UUGCACAUCAGUUGCUUGAGAUAUUUUCGCCGAAUCGGACGGUUUGAUUAACGUCGGAAACGUGAAAGCUGUGUGUGUGUGUGCGUAUAUGCGUGUGGAUGUUCGAGCGUCUUACGCGACACUAACAAAAUAAGAGGAAUCAAAAUCAAGGCAAUCAGAUACAAUAUACGCGUUUUUCGGUGUUUUUUUUUUUGAAACGAGUACAUACCUAUUUCGCUUUGCGGUUGGAAAAACCUCAAUUAAGUAAUAAGCGAUAAACAAUUUGUUAUAACUUAAAUAAACAAAACAAGCAAAAAACAACAGUGCAAAGUCAGUGAAUUUUAUAAAAACACAUUCAUGAACAAUCAACGAAAAACCCUGUGCGCCUAAUAAAUACAAUCAGCACAAAAUUCAUUGGAGGAAGUUAGCGAAAGAAAACAAAAAAAUCAACAACUGCAGCCGAGUAAUAAUAUGUACAUACCAAGAUAGUUGUUUUCGUCUUACUGCAGUUUGAAAAAUUAUUGGAAUAUGAUCAAAUUUUUACAAGAAAGUCAAUCGUUUCACUCUCAACACAGUGCCAAUUGAUCAGCAACUUCGUUCAGAAUUACAAACUGCCGACUUAGCAUUAUUAACUACCAUUCGGCAAUUCGCUUGAGCAACAGAGCAAAAGAAUGAGGGAAACUGAUGGUCCACGGCUAAGGUACCGAGGGCACUGAGGUUUCUCCAACACAAGUUUGCCACACUACAUGGAUCGUAGAAAUGGCGGCGAUAUUUUGGCGCCACCGCGGCCCCCCAAAGCAUUACCACGUGUACAUCGUCCCAGAGCACCCGAGCCAGAGACUAUGCUAAGCGAAAUACAAAUGCAACAGGAGUGGCAGCAACAGCGGCGGGAGCAGGAGCAGCAGCUAAUGAUAACGACGACGACGGCAGCGGCAGCAGCAGCAGCAACAGCAGUAGCAGCGACGACGCCAUCAGCGAUAACGGCGACGACGACGACGAGCACCGCAUCAACGCAAUGUACAAAUGGUAAUAACCAACAACAACAACAUCAGCAGCAGCAGCAACAACAACAACAAAAUUUAAAUAGCAACAAUCAUCCAAGUCAAUAUAGUAUUACGAGCGUAGACCGAGGUGUUGGUACAAGUACGAGUACGAGUACGAGUCAAAAUGAUAACGUUAACAUUUCUAAUGUCGUUAAUACGCUGAUACAACCAGAAUACGAGGACUACGAAAUUCAUCAUUUGACGAUACUGCCACAACGGCCGACCACUUUAAACCUCAGCCGCAAUAACAGUCACGUUAGCACUACAUCCUCUUCGACGUCGUCGUCCUCCAUAACAGCAGCGAAUACAUUUACGAGGCGUAGACAAUUACCGGCUACGCCAGGCGCUGCCGCACGACUACUUGUAAAUAGUAAUAAUACCAGCAGCAGCAGCAGCAACGCCCGCACUCAAGCGAGCAAUAACACCAACAGUGGCCUCAGUGCUGGCAUCGCUGGUUUACUCAGUCAUUUCCAUAGCACCGAACCAGCUGCUGCUGCCACAUCAGUCACGCUGGCUCAACCGCGACCCGAGUCCCAGCGGCUCACCAAUGAGUAUGUGGAUACUCCGUUCCGAAAUGCUGCCGCCAACGCUGUCAUACCGAAUCAACUGCAGCUACAACACGCUUCACGCGCGCAACAUCCGGCGGGACAGCAUGAUGGCGGUCAAACGACAACGCAUCAUCUGCUUUUGUUGCCACAGCGUGAAUUCCGUCUGCAACAUCAGCAGAAUCAACAGCAACAGCACCAGCAUCAGCAACACCAACACCAGCAGCUGCUGCAUACGACGAACCGCACGACGACGGGAACUGUGGGUUCGGCGACCAUCACGGCGGGCAUUGAUGGCACGGACGGCUUCAUACAUUCGCAUCAUAAUCACAAAACGCCCACGUCCAGCACUGUGACAGCGACAACAACCUGCCCGCAUACGGGCAAGGUGAUUCCAGUUGCGUCGCAGAAUGGACACCACCACAGCGGUGGUGGCGGCAGUUUGGGCAGCUUCACCAGCUCGCAACAGUCAUUUACGCCGGCAAUCACGAAACAACCCGCCUCAACGACCAACAACACCACCAGCACCACCACCAUCAGCCAAAUGUCGCACAUCGACAGCAACAAUUGCAAAUUUGCUAAAGAUAUACCCGCAUUCGACGACCUACUGACCAUGCACAACAUAGCGACGGGCAUCUCCACGCCACAAGGCAUGAUAUCCGCCGUACAUGGCGCCAGUCCGCUCGGUACGCCCAUCAUCAUUGGCGGUGGCGGCAGCGGCAGCGGCGGCGACACAUCAUCCUUAAAUCAAAUCAUCUGCCCACGUUGCGGUCAUUGCCGUUGCGAACAGUGCCAAAGUCCACCACAUCUACCGCAAACGUGGCUCUGCAAUAAGACCUGCCUCUGCAGCGCCGAAUCAGUCAUCGAUUACGUGUCGUGUCUAUGCUGCGCCAAAGCGUUAUUCUACCAUUGCGCACGCGACAAUGACAUGGACUGCGAUGAUGGUUCCGGCACACCAUGCGUCGACAAUCCCUGCUCGUGUGGACCCUAUAAGCGUACACAGCGUUGGGGUUGGUUGGGCGCGCUAUCGUUAGUGCUACCCUGCCUUUGGUUGUAUUGGCCAAUGCGCGGUUGCGUCUCGUUUUGCGAGAAAUGUUAUGGCCGUAUUGUGGGACGAGGUUGCCGCUGUCAACAGACCGACUCACCGACCAAUAUCAUACCAAUUUCACAAUUGGGACUAACGGGAAAUGGCAGCAGCAGCGGUACGGCAAGCAUUUUAAGCGGCAACAAUGGUGGCGGCGAUUCGUUAAAAUCGGCGGCAGAUGCACACCAUCAUCAUCAUACGCAUCAUCAUCAUCAUCAUCACCAUCAUCAUAUGCGAAAAGGCGAUGUGACGCCCAAGAAACGACUGCUCGAUUCGAAUGGCGAGUACUAAGUAGUUAGUAUGUGUAGAAAGAAAAAGGGUAGCAGAAAAUUAUGAGAAUAUGUAUGUAUGUACUACACAUGUAUGUUAGGGAAUAUGCCAUUUACAUGUAGAUACAUACAAACAUAAAAA